UCCUGUGCUGCAGUAGAGCGCGCUUCUCUUCAUUCCUUUCUGUUUGAGGAUAGCGGAAGGGAAGGCAAGGCAAGACAGAAGCAACCAGCCGUCUGUCUGUCUCAGUCGAUGAUGAUGGCUGCUCAGCUUCAUGCCUUCUCUCUUAGCAGCAAUCCUUCAGCACCAGUUGCCGGAAACUUAAUCAAAUCCCGGAGCGCUGCGCAUAUACAGUCCGCUACCCUACCUACUUCCCGCCCUUCGCCAAUCAUCCAGGCAUCAUUUUGGAACCUAGUAGCAAUUGUUGGUGGAAAAAGUUUGGGAUCAAAUGGGACGGAUCGCUCAAAACUAAGUGGCACCUUGGACUUGGAUUCCAAUGAAUUUGACUGGGUUGAAUUAGACGCCAAUAUUUAUCACUGGGCAAAAGCGUUGCGUCCUGUUCAGUGGUAUCCUGGUCACAUUGCCAAAACCGAAAAAGAGCUCAAGGACCAGCUGAAAUUGAUGGACGUUGUGAUAGAAGUUCGGGAUGCUAGGAUACCAAUGGCCACUAGCCACCCACAGAUGGAUUCAUGGUUGGGAAAUCGGAAGAGAAUUAUUGUUUUGAACAGAGAGGACAUGAUAUCUACUGAUGACCGAAAUGCUUGGGCUAAUUACUAUGCCCGGCAAGGGACAAAAGUGGUCUUUUCAAAUGGCAAGCUUGGAAUGGGCACAAUGAAGCUUACUAGAUUAGCAAAGACAUUGGCUGGCGAUGUAAACAUCAAACGCAAAGCCAAGGAACUGCUCCCCCGUCCUGUUCGAGCUGGAAUAGUUGGCUAUCCUAAUGUUGGUAAAUCAUCUUUAAUAAACCGGUUGCUCAAGCGUAGAAUGUGUCCUGCAGCUCCAAGACCAGGUGUAACAAGAGAAUUGCAGUGGGUUCGGUUCGGAAAGGACUUGGAAUUACUGGAUUCUCCAGGCAUAAUUCCAAUGAGGAUUGAUGAUCAGUCUGCUGCUGUAAAACUUGCCAUAUGUGAUGACAUUGGAGAGAGGUCUUAUGAUGUUUCUGAAGUUGCGGCCAUUCUCGUGCAGAUUUUGGCACGACUUCCUGCAGUAGGUUAUAAAGCAAUUCAGGAUCGUUACAAGAUUGAGGCGGAUGGCUGUGUUGGUAAAACCUUCGUCCACAAGCUGGGACUGCAAUUGUUCAAUGGGGACGCUCAUCAAGCAGCAUUCCGCAUCCUGUCAGAUUUCCGGAAAGGUAAAUUUGGUUGGGUAGCACUAGAGAGGCCUCCAAAGUAAAGCAGCUAUACACAUAGUUGGAACAUAUAGUGUGCGUUGGUCCCCAUGUUCAAAGAUGAAUGAAUCUGGGAUGCAAUGGCUGGCCGAGUUUACUGGCAAUGAAGAUGGCAUGGCGUGGCAUACUUGUUGCCAAUUGCUAUAGAGGAGACUACUACUGAAUUGGACAUUGGCAGCCGCGCUUUGAUUCUUGGUUCUUGAUUCCACUUCCACUUUCACCUCACUUUCAAUGUAGUGUAGAUAUGGAGUAUCACAUAAACAAGUAAGGAAUGGAUUCAUUCAUAUCUGAGCUACCACUAGACUUUCCAACUCCAUGAGCUGAAUUGUACUUACUUGUACAUACACACCUAUUUCCAAGUUUAUAUAUUAUGAUUACUUCA